CGCGGUGUCCAAUAACCUGCUGUCCAGCUCACUUCCUAUGGAGUACGUCGCGCUGACUAGCCUGCAGAUCCUAUCGCUUGACAGCAACCGCUUCUCAGGCCCUCUAUCCGACUCGUGGACUCAGCUCACGGUGCUUCAAGAACUCCGUGCGUCGCGCAACCAACUGACUGGCGUUAUCCCAAUCUCGUGGGUGGGAUUCGUUGCUAUGCGCAUCCUGGACCUGUCGUACAACGCACUGUUUGGCAGCAUCCCUGAUGUGCCAUCUACUUCGAUGCUCACACAUUUUCUGCUGAACGACAACCAGUUCACAGCAAACUUCCCCGAAAUCAACGCGGCUAAGAUUGUCACCAUAUCCCUGGCGAACAACCUCAUAGGUGGCGGCUUUCCUGCAUCCUAUUCCAGCCUUUUCAGCCUCCAGAACCUCAACAUCAGUUACACCAAAAUGCCAGACUCUGAGAUCCCACCUCUAACUGGAUUCGCCUCACUCAGAGUGCUAGACAUGUCAGGGAACCGGAUGAGUACUGUCUUCCCUUUAUUACCGCCAUCACUGCUCUACCUUGACAUUUCAGGAAAUAAUCUGAUUGGAAAUGUUCCUGGAUUACCUCAGACACUGCAACACCUGGACUUAAGCGGCAACAUGAUGUUGAACAUUCUACCCAGCUCCAUCGCCACUAUAAAGAGACUCUCCUUCCUAGCAUUGGACAACUGCUCUUUCAGUGACAGCGGCGUGCUGCUCCUCUCCGCCAUCACCUCACUCAACCACCUGUCAUUGAGUGGCAACCCCAUCACAACGAUACCUAACCAGCUCAGCCCACUCACGGCCCUCACCGCACUGCAUGCGUGCAACACCAAAAUGGCUGGUGCCUUCCCCACGGCCCCUAUUUCUGCCUUUACCAGACUUGUGGACCUGAAUCUUUGUGGCAACCGUCUUGGCCCCGUGCUCCCCAGCCAGCUGACGAAAUUGACUGCACUGACCACGCUGAACCUCGCGGACAACAGCUUCAAAGGGAGUCUUCCCGCCGCCAUACUCUCAAUGCCUUCCCUGCAACAACUCAACCUGAAUGGCAACGGAAUUGUCGGUGUCACUUCACAAGCCAUUGCAUCCACUGCGAAUGCGGGCAAGCUCAAGUCUCUCAACUUGGGCAACAACAAGCUCACAGGGGUUCCACCCAUCCUUUCCUUCUUUGCCCCUUCCUUGCAAUACCUGGAUGUGAGUGGCAACAGCAUCACCUCUCCCCCUGACAUUGUCACCUCACUCACAGUCUUGCAGCACUUGGACCUGAGCCGCAACGGCCUCUUGGGCUCCUUCCCUCCAGCCUACAUAGCCCUGACAUCGCUCCAGCACCUAGAUGUUUCUCACAACAACUUCACGGGAAUGCUACCGGUGCUCACUACUCUCACCCUCUUGACAACCAUCAAUCUGGGUUACAACAGCUUCUUUGGGCCAGUGUUGACGACUAUGGGCAGUGUCAGCAACCUGCAGGAGAUCAAUCUGCAGAGCAAUCUGUUGGAGGGGCAGCUGAGCGGGAGCCUCACUGACUUCUCAGUCCUCAAGUCACUUGCAAUCUCGGGCAACCGCAUUCAAGGGUCUCUACCACUGGACUACAGCGUGUUUACAGGCCUGGAGCACCUGGAUAUGAGCAACUGCUUGUUCUCAGGAGCCCUGCCCGAGACAUGGAGCCAACUCAGCAGCAUCAAAACCUUGAACCUCUCUCGCAAUGAUCUGCUUGGCACCAUUCCGCUGUUAUGGACUCUCAUCACCAGCCUCACUGCUCUUGACCUGUCGUACAACAGGCUGGAUGGCGGUCUUCUGACGUUUGAGGUGGAGGGCAUGGCCAACCUUGCACACAUUCGCCUCAACGACAAUGCUUUUCCGGGUGCUCUGCCAACACAAUUCACAGUUCUCACGAGCCUUCGCACCCUGUCCCUCAGCAACAACCUCUUUAUUGACGGUUUCCCAAGUUUCCUGGGCAGUUUUCCUCUCCUCACUUAUGCCAAUGUGAGCCACAACCAGCUCUCUGGACCAUUGUCAGAGAAGCUCUCCUUUGCCACUUCUCUUCAACUGCUGGACCUAUCUCACAACCAGUUUGAUGGGAAUUUGGAAAUGUUGACAACUUACAGUGCCAAUUCUCUUAAAUACCUGGACAUCUCGUACAACAAGUACGAAUGUGAUCUGCCUGGGGAUGUCACACUCCUGAAACGUUUAGAGCAUCUUGACCUCAGAGGCAACGUCAUUCUGGUGCCCCUACCUCCCACCAUCUCAAAACUGAGCUCACUCACCUUCCUAGGACUGAGCAACAGCACACUUCAGGACAUUCCUCUCCUCGUCUCCUUCACCGACCUCAAGCACUUGUCGCUGGGUGGCUCCGGCAUCACAUCGCUGCCCAAUCAACUCAGCCUACUCACUGGCCUCACCUCACUGAACGCCUCUGGCAUUGGUCUCACCGGCCCCUUUCCGCCUUACAUCGUCAACUUCCCUGGCCUCGUUUACCUCAACCUGUCGAACAACUACAUAACUGGCAGCAUACCGGAUAAGCUAUCCUCUCUGGUCAAUCUCUCAGCACUGAGCCUAGAGAACAACAGGCUUCAAGGCGACAUUCCGGGGAAGCUCCUCACGCUGCCCGUGAUCAAGACAAUGAUCCUCCGUAGCAACGCUCUUACGGGCAUCACUCCCCCUGGCCCCAUCACUGCGCCGUCCCUCGAGAUCCUUGACCUGGGCUACAACAGGCUGGCUGCCAUUGCAGACUCACUCUUCUCCCUCACCACCCUCCAGCAACUGUACUUGAAUGGCAACGUCAUACCAGGCACUAUCCCAAUGACGUUUUCCGUUCUUGUCAAUCUUGACACCCUGUGGCUCAACAACAAUCAACUGUCCGGGACCAUCCCCCCCCUCCUCGUCAUCAUGACCCAGCUUCGGGUGCUGAACCUGGGUAGGAACCUGCUGACGGGAGAGAUUGCGAGCAGUGUGCUCCAGGCCGCAGACAAGAUGAUCACCCGCUCUGCAACCCGUGUGUCCAAGGCUGCUGCUGUGGCUCAUCCGUCGGUCGAUGAUGCUCCGCCAAAGCUGGAGAGCCUGUGCCUUAGCGACAACUUCCUGGCCGGCUCGAUUCCUCCAUCACUCAUGAAUUUCAACCGCCUAAACGACAUUCAGCUGCAGAACAACCAACUAUCUGGGACCAUCCCCAACGUUGACCCUUUAAACUCCCUCACAAAUCUUCGUCUAGCAGACAACAACUUCACAGGCACCAUUCCAGAAUCCAUUGGCGGUCUCCUGCUGCUCGAGCACCUGGACCUGAGUGGCAACAGCCUUAGCGGAGAGAUUCCCGAGGACUUCACAGGCCUUGUCAAGCUCACAGUCCUCAACCUGCGGGACAACCAGCUCACAGGGCGUCUGCCCGACCCGCCACCCAACAUCGUGCAGUACCAGCUCGACAAGAACUUCUUCACUCAGGGCUUCUCCUCCCCGCCCAACUGCGCCGUUGUCUCCGUCCGCGCCAACUGCGUCCCCCAGACCGACCCCUCGCUCACCUGCCCAGAAGACAAGCAGAGGCUUCCAGAGGUCUGCUCGUCCUUCUGUGGCCUAACCGCCACAGACCCCCCGUGCAACGGCCACGGAGAAUGCCUCCUGGAGGGCCCGAACAAGGUUCCGGUGUGCCAGUGCUACGAGGGGUUUCAGAUCGGGGAGUAUAGGGGCAGCUGCGUGCCUGUGGUGGGUGGGUCGGCGCUCGUUGCCAUGCAACCCGUGGCAGUGCCGGCUGCGCUGACUGCGACUGGGAGUGCGAGCGUGGAUGGGGUGGCAAAGUCCUUCACUCUCACGCCCCUGCAGGCGGGCACGACUGGAGCAGUGUUCCUGUCGGAAAAGGUGCCGCUCUUCUCCUACCAGCUCAUUGCUGACGGGUGCGGCCGCGAGCUCGCCUUCUCCUCGUCUUUCUCCUUCACUCUCACCCGUACGGCCGCGGCCGGCUCCGAAGGUUUUGCCUUUGUGAUAGCGUUUGACUCCUCCCCACCAGCAGAGGCGGUGGCAGGUGGCAUGGGGUACGCUGGGAUGGCUGCGCGCAGCGUGGCAGUGGAGUUUGACACGUGGCAGGAUGGCGGCGGCCCCGGCGGGACAAGCAGAAGCAAAAACAGCAGCGGCAGCAGCGGCGGCGAACCGGGCGGGAACCACGUGGGAGUGAAUGUGAACGGCAGCGCGUUGUCUGUUGCCACAGCUGCUGCCCCCAUGCCGCUCAAUGACGGCACUUCAAAGUACGCCUGGAUCGACUACGACCCCUCCGCUCCUCCUGAUGCCGCUGCUCCUGCUGCUACAGCUACUGCUGCAGCUGCAGGCACCCUGCGCGUCUUCCUCUCCUCCACCCGCUCCCCACGCCCGUCCAAGCCCGUGCUGUCAACACGCAUCUCCCUGUGUGACGUUCUCGAGCCCACCCGCUUGGAGAGCACAUUUGCGGUGGGCUUCACUGCGGCAUCGGGCAGCCAGGCGCAGAGGCACGCCAUCUCAUCGUGGAACUUUACCACGCGUUUCCCACAAGCACCUGCCAAGCGUGGUGCAGCGUCGCUGGGGCUGCGGGUGAGCGAGGCGACCGUCAGCCCGGCAACAUCAGGCAUGAACAUGCUCUUCCGCUACGCCAGCUCUGGCAUCCUGCCACGGGAGGUGGGCGACAGCAGGAACCAGUACAACGUGCGCCUCACGUCCACGUGGCUCCUCAAGGACCUCUUCUGGCCCGUCAAGACGCAGACUGCCUGUGGCGACUGCUGGGCGUAUGCGGUGGUGGGCAGCAUAGAGGCGGCCUACAGCAUAAUGGCGAACCUCACGGUGGCGCCGCAGCUGUCAGCGCUGCAGCUGCGCUCCUCCAUGCGCGCCGACUGCCAGGGCGGCUCGCCCUCCCAGGCCUUCGCCUUCCUCCUCAAAGCUGCCCGCUCGGGGAAGGCUCCGCGAUUGGCACGUAGCGGUGGGGGGCGGAGCACCAUGGUUGUGGUGCCUCGGAUGGCUCGGGGGAAGAGUGUCAGUGUCAGUGUGAAGCCACAGAAGAGGCGCCUCUUUCGGAGGCGCCUCAGCGACGGUGGGGGCAGCAGCAGCAGCAAGGCGGUGGUGGCCUGGAGGGGGGCGACUGCGAGUGCGAAGCAGGAGAGGAGUCCGCUCUGCAUGGCUCCGUUCGCUCCGCUCCUCAAGCUGCUUGGUAUCAGCUGCAAUGGCAAGGGUGCCACUAAGCAGCAGGCGCUCUCAGGCGACUUCUACAUCAAGGGAUUCGAGUCGACGUCCUUCUACGGCUGGUUUGGGCUGCUGCUCGCCGUGCAGCGCCAGCCAGUGGUGGUACAAAUAGAGGCAACGGCACCGUCCUUCCAGGAUUACGAUGGGGUGAGUGAGCGGGCGUGUACAGUUGCUUGUAUUAUAUUUGAUUUGGGCCGGUUCUCUCAAUAG